AUGCUGUUACACCGGUGUUGGACACACCGCAUAUCUGUUGCACCUGUUGGCAUUCGUGUCCGCUGCUACAGCUCUGUCAACAACCAUGGCAUAACUCUCGACCAACCAAUCCAAUCCUACAUAUCACGGAGCUCAGACCCCUACAUCAACCUCUCCAUCGAACACCACCUCCUCCAAAAAUCCUCCCCAGACUCUUCAAUCCUCUUCCUCUACGUCAAUCGCCCCAGCAUAAUCCUCGGACGCAACCAAAACCCUUGGCUGGAAGUAAAUCUCGGGCUCCUCAAUGCCGCUACAACCAACCCUGGAAGCCCUUCACGCAUUGAAAAUGAACCUCCCGGUCUGGGCGAUGUGGAUCUAGUAAGAAGGAGAAGUGGAGGAGGCACUGUAUUCCACGACGGCGGAAAUGUAAAUUGGAGUGUCAUUUCCCCUGCUGCAGCUUUCACACGCGACAAACAUGCCGAGAUGGUCACGCGUGCUCUACGGUCAUUAGGCGUACAGCGCUCGCGGGUGAACGAACGCCACGAUAUCGUUCUGGACCAAGGCACCUCUUCUCAGUCUGCAACCUGGGGUGCUGACAACGACACACACACUACACCAUGGCAAAGCGACUGCAUCCGCCCGUUGAAAGUCUCUGGCUCGGCGUAUAAACUCACCAGAGCGAGGGCUUUGCAUCACGGCACUGCAUUGCUCAAUUCUCCGAAUUUGCACGUCAUUCCUUCGUAUUUGAGGAGUCCGGCGAAAAAAUACAUCAAGGGGAGAAGUGUAGAUAGUGUGAGUUCUCCUGUGGGCAAUAUUCUGCUGAACAAUGAGGAGUUUAUCGAGAAUGUGCAGAGGGAGUUUGGGGUGUUGUACAGCGGUGCUGGGGAGCCGGUGGUGUUGGGUGAGGAGUGUCUGGAAAUUGAGAAUGUCAAAAAGGGACAUGCUGAGUUGAGUAGCUUGGAGUGGACGUACAUGCAAACGCCCCAAUUCAUCUUCUCUGACCUUCCUCUGAAACCAGAGCAAAAGGAAGGAGAAAUCGAUUACUCGGAUGCAAAAUUCCGCCUGGAUGUGCGUUACGGAGCUGUCACUGGAUGCCAACUCAAGACCAAGGGAGCCACCACCCAACAAAGCGAUCGUCUUUUGCAACUGCUGGAGAAGAGGAACCUUCAUGAAAUCAAGGAUUGGGAAACUGUGUUUGCAGAAGCUGGAGCGGAUUCGAAAGAAGCAGUGGAGAUGGCGAUAUGGGUGCAGAGUAUGCUUAGCAUACCUUCGUAG